AUGCUCGCCAAGGCCUCGUUUGAGCGGAUUGAGGCCUGCCCACUUGACUCAUUGAGUCUGGAACGUACGGGUCCAGUGGAGUUCGUUCUGACGAUACCGCGGCCUGCUCACCGAUGCAAGCAUCGCCCUGCGGCCAAGCUUCAGCGGUGA